AGUGACAGCUCCAGCCAACAGCCAGGCAGCCCAGGUCUCACCUGGAGCACCCUCAGGUUCCCAAAGGAAGGAGCCCAGCCUGUGUGCCUUUCAGUCAAGCUCAAGGAGGAGCUGCUGCUGCUGCUGCUUUAGGGAAGAAGACAAUCCUUUGCUCUGUCUGCUGUUUGGACUCUCAUCCAGCCCCAAAGCCCCAAGCCAUGAACGGGAUCCUGGGCAGCCUGGAGGACUACACGCUCAACGAGGACGCCGGGGCCUUCAUGUUCACCUCCGAGUCGGUGGGCGAAGGGCACCCAGACAAGAUCUGCGACCAGAUUAGUGAUGCUGUGCUUGAUGCCCAUCUGAAGCAAGAUCCAAAUGCCAAGGUUGCUUGUGAGACAGUAUGUAAAACUGGGAUGGUGCUACUCUGUGGCGAGAUCACAUCCAGAGCUGUAGUGGAUUACCAGCAGAUCGUCCGAGACACAAUUAGGAACAUAGGUUAUGAUGAUUCAGCAAAAGGCUUUGACUACAAAACUUGCAAUGUACUCGUGGCAUUGGAACAACAGUCACCUGAUAUUGCCCAGGGUGUUCAUCUGCACAGGACUGAAGAAGAAGUUGGUGCAGGAGACCAGGGCCUGAUGUUUGGCUAUGCAACAGAUGAGACAGAAGAAUGCAUGCCCCUGACCAUUAUGCUUGCUCACAAACUGAAUGCCAAAAUGGCUGAACUAAGGCGCUGUGGUGUUCUCCCUUGGCUAAGACCCGACUCCAAAACCCAGAUCACAGUUCAGUAUGUCCAAAAAGAUGGCGUUGUUAUCCCAGUGCGUGUUCAUACUAUCGUCAUCUCAGUGCAGCACGAUGAAACCAUCUCUCUGGAGGCCAUGCGCAAGGCCCUGAAGGAGCAUGUUAUCAGGGCCGUAGUUCCAGCCAGAUACUUGGAUGACAAAACAGUUUACCAUCUUCAGCCUAGUGGCCGGUUUGUUAUCGGUGGCCCCCAGGGUGAUGCUGGAGUUACUGGCCGGAAGAUCAUUGUGGAUACUUACGGUGGAUGGGGAGCCCAUGGAGGAGGAGCUUUUUCAGGAAAAGACUACACCAAGGUUGAUCGGUCGGCAGCAUAUGCAGCCCGGUGGGUCGCCAAAUCCUUGGUGAAAGCAGGACUGUGCCGUCGUGUGCUGGUCCAAGUUUCCUAUGCCAUUGGGGUGGCUGAGCCACUCUCCAUCUCACUGUUCACUUAUGGCACCUCCACAAGACCUGAGCAAGAGCUGCUGAACAUUGUGCACCAGAAUUUUGACCUUCGACCUGGAGCCAUCGUCAAAGAUCUGGAUUUGAGGAAACCGAUCUAUCAGAAGACUGCCUGUUACGGUCACUUUGGAAGAAGUGAAUUCUCUUGGGAAGUACCCAAGAAACUGGCUUUUUAACCAUCUUGGGCCCAACCCUUAAUCUUAAAGGGAAAUGGAUUUCACUACAAAGGGUGCUUCCACUCAUCUACGUUGAGAAAAUGGAAAAAGGAUCUUUUCAUAGAAAUUACCACCAUUUGUAUUCUCAGCUUCUCAACCCACAUGAUAAAUAUGCAGAGGGAUACCAUUUUUAUUUCUCCUUUUGCUGCUAAUUUUUUUGGUUCUGCUUAGAAAGAUGACAGAGAACCUGGACUCCCAAUCAAACACUAGAAUACUGACCUACAGCCCAAUGCCUCUCUCUUCAUAUACGCAAAUGGGAAACCAGAUUCCCUCAAGUUCAAGAAGCUUAUUCAUUGUUACUGGAUAAUUAGAAAUUCCGUGGACCAUUUUUCUUAGUGGAAUUGGUACUGCAAGGACCUGGUAGGCUCUUGAUGUGGAGGAAGAUUAUUGGCCUAUAACCGAGUCUUAUCUUAUCCAAAGGGUUUUGUCAGGCUUUAAAUAUUAAUUUCCAGCUGUCUGCUGUUACAGUAAUUUUUUUUAAAGUCAGAAUGUUUAGUUUU